AUGGCGGCCGACAGCGAAGAUAUUUUGGCCGUGAGGGAAUGGCUGUCCUCGGAAGUUAAGCUGGAAAGGUAUGCCGAUAAACUUGUGACAAACGGUUUUAUUUCCCUUAAGAGUUGCUGCAAGAUCGAUGAAACUGUUCUCGAUGAAGUUGGAAUUGUAUUACCGUACCAUCGUAAGCGAUUUUUGGUGUUUGUGGAGAAGUUGAAAGAAAAGCUCGGCACAAAGUUACCGAACGAAGCAAAUGGUGUCGUGUCAAAUACGGAAUUGAUAGGGCAAUCUGAAGCAGGAAAUGAACAGCAAACAUCACUAAUUUGUUUAAAGAACGAUGAAGGAAAAAGUGACCUUGAGAACAGUUUUUCUCCGCCGCUUUUAAAGGAGGAUGGUGGAAAUUCAGAAAGCACGGUUGCUGAAGAGGGGCUACCAAUGCUUCCGCCGAAAACCGCCAAACGAAGUCCUUCAGUAAAAGCUCCACCACCUAUACCGCCAAGAGCAGACUUACAGGAAGGGAGUAGUUCUAGAGACUCAAACCCAAGGACUGUGGAUCUAAACACUCAGUCACACCAUUCAGUUCUGCCAUCUCAUGCUGAACAACUUCCAGUUCAUGGUGAUGUACCAAAAAGGAAAGUGCCCCAGAAACCACCCAGAAGAACUGUAGAAAAGGCAGCUUCUGCUAAUAAACCAGAAGUUAUAAGUGGCACGAGUUUAGAGUCUAGCUUGCAGACUGAAACUCAGCAACAGGCUUCAUGCUUGGUUAAUAAUGGUGUUAAUGGGGACAUUGUUGCAACCUUUGAUCCAUUGAAUUGCAAAGAACUUUCUACCGACGUUGAUAAUUCCUUGUCAGCUGCUUCAGAGUUGCCUCAUCCCCAACUUAGUGAUGGGGACUUGGAAACUUGCAAUGAUCAAACAAGCAGAGAAAAUCACAUGUUAGGGGAAGUUGAAGAAGGAACAGGUCACACUUCUUCGGAAGCAAAGAGGCCAGCUCCAAAGGCACCUGUUAGGACAGGAUCCAAAAAACCAGUACCUGUCCCUCGAGCACCACGUACCAGAGUAAAGUCGGAAGAUAAUAUAUUAGUGUCGGCAGUAGCCCCUGAGAGGAACAAUAUAGAUGAAAAGAAAGAGGAGAUUCCAUCUGCACGCAAACACUCUUUACAAACCCGAACAAAGUCAUUUACAACACCAGGUAACAGAGACGUUGGUCCUACAGAAGACAAACCAUCAACUUUCCCAAGAUAUCCUUCCAGACCAGCCCCACCUGCGCCUCCUAGACAAGCAAGUUUAAGAGAGAAAAGGAGUAUUUCAGAUAUGCCGUUACCUCCUAUACCCACAGAGGGAGGGAACGAAAAUCAGGGUGAUGAAUUAGAUGGUGCGUUAGCCUCUGGACAAGGUACAGUGUCACUUAAAUUUUUAAGGCCCAGGAGUGACCAAAAUCAGUUCUCUCCUAUCAAUACCAAAUACAAUCAAGAGAAAACUAGGUUAUGUAAUACUUUAAUCACCUAAGGCAAAAUGUUUUGAUCCUUUAUCAAAUUCUUUUAACUAAUUCUUUAUAGAAAUAUAUACACAGAUCACAUGUACCUUGAAAGUUCUUGAAAAUUGCAGUUGGCGCUGGAAAGUCCUUGAAUUUCAGUGCUAGAAACUUUAUCCAACCCAGGGCCGAGUUGUUCAAAGCUGGGUUAAGAUAACCCAGGGUUAGUGCGAGAUUUGAAUUCAGAUUUGAAAGCUUAAAAAGCAUUUCCGUUUUAAUUCUUUUUGUCUACAAGUUGAUGAUUGGAAGUUUUAAAAAUAACAGAGAAAAUUAUCAGAGAAAAUGCUUUUGAACACAAGAAAGAAAAAGCCAGGUGAAAUUUAACUCCAGGUUAAGCGCUAAUCGGCCUUUGAACAACUGGGCCCUGAUUCUCAAGUGCCUAAAAGCAGCAAACACAGAAAGACCUUCAGGAUGAAAUUGCUCAUGUUGGGGAAGAACCAAAAAAGACAGACUCAAGGCUCUUUUUUUCACUGAAUGGAGUCCUUGAAACAUGGGAAGUGUGUCCUUGAAAAUCAUUGAAUUUUUUUGUUCAGAAAAGGGUUUUAACCCUGUAUAUAGGGACCAGUCUGGAGAAUCUUGUAUGUAGAUAUUGGAGUUUGAAGGGUUUAAGUAGCCUUUAUGAAUUCCAUUUUUAAGUUGCCAUUGCCUUUGUCCGUAUCAAAGAGCAGAAAGUUCCAAUCUCAUCUUUCAAGCCUUUGUUAUCUGUGCAAAGAUCUUGGAGGGAUUGAGGGAGGUGCAGUUUAAGGUAUAUAAAUUAAUUUUCCCAUAUUGUGUGUUCAGAGAUUGUCAUUAUUUGCUUUUCAAUAUAAUUUGAAAUUGGCAUGUUACUUAUGUAUCAAAACUAUAUACAAACAGGAGUUAUUUAAAAUUGGGAUUUAAAUAAUAUAAAAUACACAACAUAAUUUGAUCUUAGAAUCCUAAAUCCAACUGUAUUCAUGUGUGCUUGAAAGAGAGAUUCUUCAAAGCUGUAGCAGGGUACGUUCUGUUUAUGUUGUAUGUCAAAACAAAAUUCAGGUCAAAAUGAUUUCAACCUAGUUUGAUUCUCAAACUGAUAAUUCAUAAGUCUUUAAGAGUCUUGCAUAGUUAGUAUGUCCUUUGUGAAAUGUUUUGGAUGCCUGUUUGAUUGUUGUUUUGAAUUAAUUAUGACUAGUUCAAAGGAAACAUAGCGCAGACACAAGCCUCGCUGAACAAGAACCUUUUGCAGAUACCACUUAUGAAGCCAUUAACUUUAAGGAUUAUCAGAAAGCAGAAGAAUCAGGAGAUGAUAACUACUCAAGUGAUGACUCUCUGGAUGCAGUGGAAGAUUUGCCAGAGUUUGGUCCUAAGGUAUGCAAUCAGUUGAACCUCUGUUAAGUGGACAACAAGGGUGGAUCCAGAAAAUUCAGAAAGUGAGGCCAGGGACACCCUCUAGCUAUAUGGAUACUAUGUAUUUGACUGAGAAUUCUUUAAAAAUGAUACAAAUUUUUGCAAGAAAAUGUUUGGUCCUAAGUGGCUGCCUUUCUAAAUCUUGUCAUUAAACAGUUUGAAUUCAUGAAGAGACAGUGAUCUGUUGUAUUUUUUAUAGCCGGUAAGAGGUGACAGCGUUGAUAGUAUUGAAGACCCAAGAAUAUCAAAAAAUAUACUUAGUCCCAGGGUAAGUGUGAUUUACUGGUUUCUGUUUAUUGUUAAAAGUGAGUUCUUUGCUACAGAGAAUCAUAGCUUUUUACUUCCCAGGUGAGAGAAAGAUAAAUUCCAUAACUUGUAUUUCUUGACACUUGCAGGUUCGCAAGAGUGAAGGAUAUCUCUGGAAACAAGGAGGGUCAGUGAGAGCACAGUUCUUUAUCCCCUUAAUCCCUAAUGUGAAUGAAUGAAUGACUGUGUGAAGAAAAUAAUGAACAAACGAACGAACGAACAAACAAAGUGACAUACCAACAAGUUAACGGUAAGCUCAGACAUCAGCAUGCAAGGGCAGCCCAUGAUGCUAAUAACGUGUGCUACGAAGUAGACUCCUGGGAAAACAUCCCCUACUCUUUUUGAACAGUGGUGAGGGUUCUUUUACAUCCCCUUCACUUCAUAUUGACAAAUGAAAGAAGGAUGUAGGAGACAAGGCCAAUGGCUUAAUGUCACAGCCCAAAUGACACCAUCAUUGAACUGACACAUGAUCUUAAAACAGUCAACAUGAUUUUGCCAGAUUUUUAAGACUCUGGUUGUUGGUCUAGUCUCCCACUCGGCGGACCAGCAGGCCUAAAAACACAGAUUGGAUCAAGAAGCAUGCUUCAAAAUUACCAGCAGGCACCAUUUUUGACCAGUACAAACUUGUUCUUCUUUUACCGUUAGGCAACAAAACAAUAAGGGAUGGCGAAAACGUUGGUUUGUUUUUAGUGGGACAGACUUGAGAUACUACAAAGAUAAGGUACAUGUAAACAAAAUGUAUGCUUUUAUUUUUAAAACUUUUUGAUUCAGAAAUAAAAGCACAUAAGCAAGUCUGAGCAAUAAAAUUUUACGUUGCAUGAUUUAAAUUUAACCAGAAGCUACUUGAAGGUCGUAGGAAAAACGCAUUUGUACGGCUUACAGGAAAGGUGAACAAGGUGGUGUAAAGGGUUGCUUAUGUUGAGUUGAAAAAACUCAGAACUGUUGCACAUUAUAUUCUGAGGUAGCAAGUAUUUUGCAGUUUCUUUAAGCUUGUGUACUUCCACCAUUUCUUCCUUCCAGUGAUUUCAACAGCUUUUACUGACUGAAGUAAAGAACUCAAAAACAUUUUAUUUAUAAGAUCAAUAUACUGAGUUAUUUGUAUACAUCUUUUUAGCAAAAUCUGAAUGAAUCCCUUCAUAUCAUUCCUGUCAGUCAAAUAAGAAACAUUGAGCCAUUGAAAGAUGUAAGUAUGAAAUAGAUUAUUUUGGUAUCACCGUAUAUUAUUGUCAAGCUGCAGGAUAGGAAAGCAGUUUUAAUAGGUUUCAAAUUUGAUGGAAAAAUACAUUUUUGUUAAAAUUGAAUUAGUUUAAUUUGUCUGAUUAUUACAAUGAUCAGACAGUCUCAUUUAUUUCUUUACUUUACUAGCCAAAGCAGCAAGGAUCUUGUGCAGUUAAAUUAGUCACUUUUUAAUAGCAUCCUUCUCUUUGAAAAAAAUACUUUAACUAGGUUUGUCUAGAUCUGUUGUGCAGCCUAUCAACAAUAAUUUAAUAUUUAAAUCAGGGUGCAAAGAAAGUCAGUUGUAGCUAGCAUUUACUAACCCAAGAGUUAUUUUAACUAGACAGAAAAAAGAUUUUUGACAAGCAAGAUUGAUUAGAGUUCUGCAAUUAGAAUACCAGUUCACUUUUGUAUUGGGCAAGUUAAGGACAGAAUUCACUAGCCCGAUAGCAAAAGCUACUAGGUCCAGGCUACACCUGUAUCAGACACAACUUUGUUUACACCAACACUCCAAGUUAAAGUUUUUUGCUUGGUCGCCAUUUGGCAACCAAUUCUUUUGAUUUAGGGAGACUUUUUUACAAAUCAAGUCCCCAGCUUCAAAUUUUAGGUGCCAUGGCAACUAAAAUGGUCGCAAUUUGGAGGGUUGUACACGUUGACUUAUCUUCUUUUAUAUAUUAUAUACCAUAACUUCGUAUGACCUACUUGCACACAUACCUACCUGCCUACCUACCCAUUUUCUCCUUUAUUUUCUUUUCAUUUUCAGGCAAAACGUCCAACAUUUAAGGUCAUCACUCCAAACAGAAUUUUUAUUUUAGCUUCUGAGAGCACUAGUGAGUUUUGUAUUGUUGUUGUUGCUCUUUCUUCAGUUUUAUGUAGCUGUAUCUUGUUCAAUAUUGACCCAAUUAACAUCAAACGUGAGAAUUUUGCAAAGCUAGGGGUGCUUUUUUUGGCUAUUUGUGCCCUAUGUUAAUAGUCCCAUAAUGCAUGGACUCAUAUCCAGCCCCCCCAUUGGUUUGAAAUUAGACAGUGUUCUAAUAAUAUUCAAUUUCACAGUCUUUGUUAAGGAUGAAAUAUUGGCCUGUCAAAAUAUGCUCAUUUUAUGCUGAAACAUUUAUUUUAUAACUUGGAUGUCUCUUUUGUAUAAAUUUCCCAACAGCGGACAUGAAUCUUUGGUCACAGACUCUCAUGGAAGCAGUUAUUGUUUACAAGGUAAUUAAAUUACAAUAUCAUGCCUGAAAACUUGCUUGACAGAAUCAUCACCCCCAGAAAAUGUCCUGGGCAAUAUUAAGAUCCUUUCAAGUUGCAAAAUUGCAAUCUUUAACCUUGCACAUUAACUUUUAACAGUCGGGGUAGAAACCUGAAUAAAGGCCGCUGAAAUAAUAUUUUCAUUACUGAAUUAUAGCUAUUGCUUUGAUUGUUACAUGUAUGCCUGCUUAUCUAAAAAGGGCAAUUGUGCCCUGAUCUCUAAUACUCAUUGGAUAGCUUACAACUGUAGUUUUUUAACUGUAAUAGUUACUACUAUCAGUUAAGGAACACCAACAAAAACAUGGAUCGUUUUUAUGCUCCAGGGAGAUGAAAAAGCUUGGAAGAGUGGAGGAGACAUGUGUGAUCCUGAUAAAGAGGUGUGAUUUCUUUAAUUAAAAGUAUUUUCCUAUAUAUAUUUUAUGGCUGAUCCUAUGGUGUUUAGUAAAAAUGCAACCAUUUUUAACAACGUUUUUAAAUGUGUAAAACAGUUCCAGAGAUAAUAAUAAGGUGCAAAAUAGCAUUUAAAUAUGAUCUAAUGUGCACAAAUAAUAGACAUUUUCUUUGUAUACCAUCCCAAGUCACUGAAUUUCACAUUAAUUUGUCAGCAGUUUGAAUAUUAUCUUAAUUAACGUAUAAUGAUGAUUACUUUUCAGGGAUGGCUAAAGAAACAAGGGCAUAACGUAGUUGCUGACUGGAAGAAAAGGUAUUCUUUUCUGAUCUUCUUCACAUCGAUAAAAAAAAGGGCAAUAAUAAAAAUGAAAAAGUAACUUUCCUCUUUCAUUUUCUUAACCUUCUAAACUUUGUUUAUAUCUAGAUAUGUUGCUGUCAAAGAUGACAAGAUUUGCUAUUAUGACACAUAUGAAGUAUGUUUCUCCCAUCAACCUUGAUGUUUGUUUUUUGCUAGUUUCUCACUGUGACAAAGGAGUGUUUUUUGCUUGAUUUUUUUCACAAUAAUUAUUGCUUUUCAAGUUUAUCAGUUCUCAUUAUAACUUCCUUGUGUUACCCUCUCUUAAAUGAAGUCUCCACUCCACCUCACAGUUCAUAUUUCAUUCCCACAGGACUUUAUGUAUGCAACUCCAAUAAACUGUAUCAAUGCUGCACUUGCCAAAGUAAAAACCGUUGAGGGACACAAGAGCAGAUUUACAAUCAUUACUUUCAACAAGUCCUACAGGUUAGUAUGAAUCAAAGUCAUUUUUGCCCCAUUUUCCUCCUGUAGUAGUUGUCUGUUACUUCAUUAGACCUUGCUAGUCUUUGACUAUUGUCAUUUCAAAUGGUCUUGCGAUGUGUAGUACGCUUUGUUUCACUUUUGACCUAAUGUAAGCUAAAACUUUUAACUGUUGUUCAAAGUACCAUGGCAUUUUUUUUCCGACACUCUUUCACUGUGAAAAAUUGGGCUAACUUAGCAGCCACUUGACUCUUCAACUGUAUUACACCUUCAGAAUUCCCCUGAAAGGUUUGUCUCCUUAAGCACUGAAAUAUUAACCAGCAAUAAGCUCCUCUUUAGCUUCACAUCCUGCUUAUAAUUUUCAUCAUUGUUUAGUUUUCAGGGAGAUAGUGAAUUUGAUGCAGCCUCCUGGAUCAUUGCCAUCGAAACAGCAAUCCAGAUAGGACUUGGUGAUAGAGCAGUAAGAAAUAGAAAUUGUCGCUUAUCAAAAUGAUUAUUGUUGUAGUACGCUUAAUUAAGUUGAACUCUUCUUUCUUCAAUGAUUACAGGCUAAACGUAGAAAAAAUUCAUUUAUUUUGUCGAGACUGGUUAUUGAUUGUUGUUAUAUAGUACAAUAAUAUUAAAAAACAGAAAACAAAAUAGUUAUCAAUAUUUGUGUGUAAAAGGUCAUUGCUUCCCUCUG